AAUCAGAGCGCGGCUCCCAGCACGUGGAGGAGAGGGAAUCAAGAGCCAAGCUAUUGCGGCUCAGGCGCUACACUUGUUCCCAGUGUCCUGGGCAGGAAGAGGGGCGACUUUGCCGGCGCUGCUGCCGUUGCCUGGUGGGGGGAGGGGUGCCAGCCCAGCCCGGAGCCCGGAGCCCACACGCGCCGCCACCCGGAGCCCGGCCAGGCGCGGCGGCGCGGGAGGGGCCAGCCAGCCCAAGCCAUGAGCAACCAAUACCAAGAGGAGAGCUGCUCCGAGAGGCCCGAAUGCAAAAGUAAAUCGCCAACUUUGCUCUCGUCCUACUGCAUCGACAGCAUCCUGGGCCGGAGGAGCCCGUGCAAGAUGCGGCUGCUGGGAGCGGCGCCCAGCCUCGCGCCGCUGGCCGGCAGGAUCGAGCAGGACAAGGCCGGCCAAGGACCGGCCAAGGGCAGCCCGGGGGGCUUCGAGGCUGCCGAGUUGCACCUGCCGCCCAAGCUGCGCCGCCUCUACGGGCCCGGCGGGGGCCGGCUGCUGGCGAGGGCCGAGCGGGUAGAGGCGGGCGCCUCGUCCUGGGACUCGCUCAAGAUCAGCCAGGCGCCGCAGGUCAGCAUCAGCCGCAGCAAGUCGUACCGGGAAAACGCGCCCUUCCCGCGGGCCGCUGCCGCCCUCGACGAGCUGUCCAGCGGAGGAGGAGGCGGCGGCGGCGGCGGCCUCGACGGCAGGCCCGGCCGAGACGACGAGUUGCUGGACGACGAGGACGACGAGGAUGACGACGACGACGAGGAGGAAGAGGCCGAGGAGCUGGACGAGGAGCUGGAGGACGACGAGGAGCUGCUGGCCGAGGCCAAGGAGGCCCGGCGGGCCGCAGGGGGCCCCGUCGGCGUCGUCGGGGGACCUGGCGCGGCGCCGGGGACGGAGGGCGCCGACGGCUGCUCUCCCAAGGAGGAGCUGCUGCUGCCCGUCGACGAGCUGGUGGAGGGCAAGGACGGCGAGGACAGCGUGUGCCUGUCGGCCGGCAGCGACUCCGAGGAGGGGCUGCUCAAGAGGAAGCAGCGCCGCUACCGCACCACCUUCACCAGCUACCAGCUGGAGGAGCUCGAGAGGGCCUUCCAGAAGACGCACUACCCGGACGUCUUCACCAGGGAGGAGCUGGCGAUGCGCCUGGAUCUGACCGAAGCCAGAGUGCAGGUCUGGUUCCAGAACCGGAGAGCCAAAUGGCGGAAGAGGGAAAAGGCCGGCGCCCAGAGCCACCCGCCCGGCCUGCCUUUCCCCGGGCCCCUGUCGGCGUCUCACCCGCUCAGUCCCUACCUUGAUGCUAGUCCUUUCCCUCCUCACCACCCAGCUCUCGACUCCGCCUGGACAGCCGCCGCCGCAGCCGCUGCAGCCGCCGCCGCCUUCCCCAGCCUGCCGCCUCCUCCUCCCGGCUCGGCAGCUCUGCCCCCCGGCGGGACCCCGCUAGGCCUCAGCACUUUCCUGGGAGCGGCCGUGUUCCGACACCCGGCCUUCAUCAGCCCCGCCUUCGGCAGGCUCUUCUCCACCAUGGCCCCGCUGACGAGCGCGUCCACCGCGGCCGCCCUGCUGCGCCAGCCGGCCCCGAGCGUGGAGAGCGCCGUGCAGUCGGGCGGCCUCUCGGAUCCGGCCACGGCGGCAGCGGACCGGCGCGCUUCCAGCAUCGCGGCGCUGCGGUUGAAGGCCAAGGAGCACGCGGCGCAGUUGACGCAGCUCAACAUCCUCCCCGGGAACAGCACGGGCAAAGAGGUGUGCUAAGCAGCCCCGACGGGGCGGGGCGAGGCCGGCCAGAGAUCGCCUGGCGGAGGAGCGAAACCCAAGACCAAAACGGGAGAGCGAGAAGCAGACAGACACAUACAAAGAGAGACCGAGAAUCCGCGGCGGGGAGCUUCUCCUCCGGUCCGGUACUCGGAGCAAGCGGGGCUCCUGCUUUUCAUGCUUCCCUCGGGCCAUUCAGCAGAAGCUCCUUGGCUGGGACUACCCCACGCACCCGCCCCCCCUUCCCCAAUGUCAUUCCGUUUCUUGAACGCCCAAGUACAUCCCAAGGAGGAGAAAGGAGAGAGGACCUUUUGGAGCGGGGCGCGUGGGCAGGUACGACGUGGCGGCGCAGCCCACGCCCCCCUCUCUCCCUUCGCCACAUCUAGUCUUGUCACCCUGGGCCGAUCUUAAGAGGAGCUUUGGGAGGACGUCGAAACCAAGGAUGCUGCUUGGGCCAGGCCAAAAGGAAGCCAAUGAUGCGAUGCUGUGUUAAAACGAACCGGUGCACUUAAUAAGGCAAAGGGGGAUCGGG